UAUGUGCAGAUUGGUUCGUUUGCCAACUCGACCACUUGUUUUUGAGGAGCCCUAAAACAUAAAAGAGCCCCAAAGCUGCUUCGUUCUCGCUGCGGUCCGAUCUCUCGUUCCCCGUUGCUUGUUCCGGCGGUGUCGUAUCCUACGACGGAUUUUCAACAAGUUCCACAAUGGCUACUAAAAACGGCGCAAGCAGUAUUGAGAAAGAGCAGAUAUUUGGAAUGGCAGAGAAAGAAAUGGAGUACAGGGUGGAUCUCUUUAACAGGCUUACACAGACAUGUUUUCAGAAAUGUAUUGAGAAAAGGUAUAAGGAAUCUGAGCUCAACAUGGGUGAAAACAGUUGCAUUGAUCGCUGUGUUUCAAAAUAUUGGCAGGUGACAAAUUUAGUAGGGCAACUACUUGGUUCAAACAGGCCUCCGAUGUGAAGCAUCUGAUGCUUUUCAGACCAAUAUGCUAUUUCACAAUUGGCAACAUAUAUCAAAUGAUCAUGCAACACAUUCUGCUUUACUUUGGACACAGAGAGAGGCAACGUCUAAGAUAAACUUGUUUAGAGAGAAGAUCAUGCUUUCUUUUUUUGGUCUUAUGAUUACUUGUUUAACGGUGACUUUUUUGGGCAUCUUUGCGUUCAUUAUUCAACAGCAGUUGGGAUACAAAAUCAGUUUGUUAUCUAGCCACACAUGCUAAAAAAUGUGUGUGGAAGAUUGGUUACUACUCAUUCCUGCUCUUUUUACUUACAAUUCCCAUCAUGAAAACUGGCACCAGACCUUAUACAUAAUCGUUGUCUCUGUUUGUUGAUUAUUGAAUAAUGCUGCUUGACAUGGCUGGUCCAGUGUGACAGGCAGCAGAUGAUUGUGCC